UGACGGUGUUUAGGGAGUGUGACGUCAUAUCGCGGUUGUCCUACAAACAAACAGACGACAUGGGUUGUAGCAGACGACAGAUUCAAUGGCGCUCAGUGAUGGCAUCGUGCUAAACGUGUUACUGGACUUGUACUGUGGAUUCUGACAGAUCAAAUGGAGGAAGAUACGGAUACCGUUAUAUAUAAGGGCAAAGGGAAGUCGACAAAGAAGAAAAAGAGACACAAAGACACCGAUACACCAGCAGAAAAUGCUGAAGUGGGUGAGAUUAAGGACGUUGGUGCUGCGGACAGUGUCUCUGCUGAAGACACCGUGGUAACCCCGAGAGCAAACCGUCCACCAGCAAUGGCUGUGAUGACGAGAAUGGUAAAUCUAUAGACACAUCAGAUUCAUCUGUUGUCAACGACGUCGAACCCAAAGUGUCAGUGGAUGAUUAUAAGGCCAAGGUUGAAGUGGUAAAAAACGGACUGAAAGCUUCCAAAACCCUCAUAGACAAUGAAUGCAAGACAACAGAACAGAAGAUUGUGAGGACAGGGUUCUGGGAUAAGUUAAGGUUUACAAUGUCCCAGUCGGUGACGGACGAACAGGCAGUGACGGAAUGUCGGCGGAUGUUCCGGGAGGAGAUGGUGAGACUGAGGAGAGAAGUGGAGGAGUUCCGGGAGCUGUGUCUCAAACAGAUUAAAGUUCAGAAACAGUGUGUGGACGAUCACAGACAUACGUGUGAGAAGGAGAUAAAUGGCCUGGCGCAUCGAAAUGGUUUCAGCCGACGCCUGAGUGUGGUGAGCGAGGAGGCCAACCUGCGGGAUGAGCUGAAGGAGGAAAUGAAGGAGAUGGAGAGCAGCAUGGAGUUCUUCCAGCAGAAACAGAAGAUCCUGGACCAGGAGAUGGAGCUGCUCAACAAGGAGGACGAGUUGUCCAAGAAACAUAAGGAACUGGAGGAGUAUGAGAAGGAGAUCCAGGAGGUUGAGUCAUUACUCAAUCAAAGACAAGCAAUUUGCGACCGGCGGCAAAAGCAUCUGAUUGUACUUGAUGAGGAGCUCCAGUCCCUGCGCCAGGAUCUGGUGGAGUCCAAGGAACAGAUGCAGCAGGAGGUGGCUGCCAACGGGGCGGAGAACAACUCCGAGAAGGCCAGGAAAAACUGCAGCGCACUGAGUCCUCGACUGAGAGGUGAAGAAGAUUGGGACAUUGUCCGGCGCAACCUGAUGGACAAGCAGCACCUGCUGGAAGCCACUGUCCAGAAGUACAGGUCAGAACUGGCCUCUGCUUCCUCCAAUAUUGCAGGAAAGGACAUAAUGAUUGCCAAGUUGCAGCAACAGCUGACCGAAACAGAGGGGAUGGUGAUUGUCAGUGAGAGGAAGAUCAAACAACUUGAGACAAAACUGGCCUUCUCUGUGACGGAGGGUCGUAUUCUUGAGGAACAGUUACAUGGUGUAAAUCGUAAAAACUCUAUAAACAUAUCCCCGGAUGAUCUCGCAAGGAGAGGGUCUUUCUUUCACAGACAGACAAGUUCGGAACAGUCAGGAUCCAAGUCAGCACCCAAAUCACCACUGCUGAGACAGCGCGUUAAUGAUCUCCACGGCGAUGACAGACAUUCUAAUGGUGGCUUGCCAUCUCGACCCAGUUCGUUAUCUUCACCUCAAGGAUCAUCCGUGAUCCGACGCCGGUCCAUGAGGUCCAACAGCGUUGCUGGUGACACUCUGUCCAAGUAUGAUUCUCGAGCGUCAGAAUCGGAAGGAAGGGGGAGCGGAGCUUGUGCUGUGAUGUGAUACUAGAAGCAGAUGCAAGGAGAUUCUUGAGAGGCGUUUAGAAGUUGGUGAAUAUAUAAGACGAGCAUAUGGAUGGGAACUUCUUUUCUAUUGUAUACUACCCAUCAA